AUGAACAUCUCUCACUUCCUGGCCUUGCUGUUCCCAGAAUCCCCACAGGGUCAAAACAGGAGCAAGUCAAGUUCUCUGUACACUUCAUACAACUUCUCUGACUACUGCCAGGAUUCCAUAGACCCAAUGGUCUUCAUUGUCACCUCCUACAGCAUUGAGACCAUUGUGGGAGUCCUGGGCAACCUCUGCCUGAUAUGUGUGACCAUUAGGCAGAAGGAGAAGGCCAAUGUGACCAACCUGCUUAUUGCCAACCUGGCCUUCUCUGACUUCCUCAUGUGCCUCAUCUGCCAGCCACUCACGGCUAUCUACACCAUCAUGGACUACUGGAUCUUUGGCGAGGUCCUUUGCAAGAUAUCUGCCUUUAUCCAGUGUAUGUCGGUGACAGUCUCCAUCCUCUCGCUUGUACUUGUGGCUCUGGAGAGGCAUCAGCUCAUCAUCAAUCCAACAGGCUGGAAACCCAGUGUCUCCCAGGCCUACCUGGGGAUUGUGGUCAUCUGGCUCAUUGCGGGCUUCCUUUCCCUGCCCUUCCUGGCUAACAGCAUCCUAGAGAAUGUCUUUCAUAAGAACCACUCCAAGGCUCUGGAGUUUCUGGUGGAUAAGGUGGUCUGUACUGAGUCCUGGCCACUGGACCAUCACCGCAUCAUCUACACCACCUUUCUGCUGCUCUUCCAGUACUGCAUCCCACUGGCCUUCAUCUUGGUCUGCUACGUUCGCAUCUACCAGCGUCUGCGGAAGCGGGGGCGGGUAUUCCGCAAGGGCACCUGCAGCUUUCGGGCUUGGCAGAUGAAGCGGAUCAAUGUGAUCCUUGUGGUAAUGGUGGCUGCCUUUGCUGUGCUUUGGCUGCCCCUGCAUGUGUUCAACAGCCUGGAAGACUGGUACCAUGAGGCCAUCCCCAUCUGUCAUGGCAACCUCAUCUUCUUGGUGUGCCACCUGCUUGCCAUGGCCUCUACCUGUGUCAACCCUUUCAUCUAUGGCUUUCUCAAUACCAACUUCAAGAAGGAGGUCAAGGCCUUGGUGCUGACUUGCCAGCAGAGCGUCCCUGUGGAGGAGUCCGAGCAUCUGCCUCUGUCCACAGUGCACACGGAAGUCUCCAAAGGGUCUCUGAGGCUCAGUGGCAGGUCCAACCCCAUCUAG